AUGGCCUGUCACGAUGAAUAUGAAUGUUUGCCAGAUACAGUGCAUCCAGUGGUUCAUGCCUCUGCCGGUGCAUUAGCUGGCAUCGGAGAACAUUGUGUUAUGUAUCCAGUCGAUGUUGUCAAAACUCGGAUGCAGUGUAUAAAUCCAGAUCCGCAUGCGAAGUAUAGAGGCAUUACGCACGCUAUGAGAGAAAUCAUCACUCAUGAAGGUAUUUUUCGGCCAGUACGUGGCAUGCAUGUUGUUGCUCUUGCAGCCGGUCCUGCUCAUGCUCUUUAUUUUUCAUCUUAUGAAAAAUUGAAAAUAAUAUUUAGUGGAAAUUUACAAGCUGGCCAUAAUCCAAUAGCAAAUGGAUUGGCCGGUUGUUUCGCAACAUUAUUUCACGAUGCCAUGAUGGUACCUGCAGACGCUAUCAAGCAACGUCUUCAAAUCUACAACUCCCCCUACAGUGGCGCGAUUGAUUGUUUAAGAAAAGUGGCCCGUAGUGAAGGUUUAACUGCUUUAUAUCGUAGUUACACAACACAAUUAACAAUGAAUAUUCCAUUUCAUUCUGUUCAUUUAAUCACAUAUGAAUUAUUACAAGAUACACUAAACUAUGAUCGCACAUAUGACCCGUUAUCACAUGUGAUAUCCGGAGGCGGAGCAGGUGCCAUUGCCUCAGCAUUUACAACACCACUGGACGUAUGUAAAACAUUACUUAAUAUUCAAGAUUGUUUACCACAACAUUCUUCGUCAACAACAACUUCAACUAGUACAGCAAUUAAAUCAUCUCCAGCUAACGGUCUCUUUACAGCGAUACGUUAUAUUUAUACAAAUGGUGGUAUAUUAGCAUUUUUUAAAGGACUAACACCUCGUGUUCUCUAUCAGGUACCGUCGACGGCCGUAGCUUGGUCGGUGUAUGAAUUUUUCAAACAUUUUCUAUCAGCACCAACAACAAAAACAGUGAGUGCAGGUGAUUUAAUAUCCGAUGAUCAAACAAAAUUAUCAAAUCAAAUAACAGACACCAGGCAUAUGACUACAUCUUCUCACCCUCAUCAUACUCAGCCUCACAGUCAUUCAAUUCUUCAUUUAUUGUCUACAUCAACAACACAUGUGCCAAAAUAG